UUUCAAAUGCAUGACACCAAAAAGUGUCAUCGCUGCAGGUCCUAACAGACUGUUGAUCAGAGAUAACAUAUAGGGCGACAGCAAUGUGGCCCCUGGUUGCGGCCUCACUGUGACUGAUGAUGAUGCCAUCUUAGUGUUUUAAUGUUCUCGGGUUGAUUCGAUCCCCUGGACUCUCCAACAGGAACAUCUGUUCUCAGUACAAAUAAGCGCCACCGCACCCUGCUUAGACCCUGUUUUCCUACACAGUUGCCAUUUUGCCUCUUGUGUCUCUGUGUUUCCUCUCCUGAGGUGAGUUCUGCGAGUGUGUGUGGUGGUCUUCAUGGUGGUCAUGGUUCCCUGAAGCUGGGGCUUUCCAGCCAAUUCAGUGAUUUCCCCAAAUCACUCCAUCUUCUAUUCUCCUCCUCCUCUCUCUUUUUUUCCUUCCUCCCCUCUUAUCCAGCCCACUCAGCACUCCUCCCUUCAUAUGCUUCUCGUUUGUUGGGGAGUUUGUCAGUCUCACAGGAUCUAUAUUUCCAUCUAUGUUUGGAAGAAGUCAUCUGAAACCCCUGCAGCGGUUUUACCUGCUCGUGGAUGACAGUCGUUGGAGUUAAAGGCGGCUGCAACCACUUCACCUACAGGUGAUGGUGCUGAUGUUCUGUGUCCGGCGAGGAUGUGAUUGUGAUGACUCGGGCAAUGUGAGGAAGACUGUGGCUGAAAGAAAGUGUUCCUUGAGGUUUACCUAAACCCUGCAUUAGUGGAGAGACCACAGUAACCACCUCCAGAUGUUUGGGAGCACAAUCUGACUGAUUAUUUACUACAAGACCAACGAACAUCGCCCUCUUCACAUCAUAAGGUUUUACUCUUUGCUCCUUCAGCGAUGCCCAAGUUAAUGAUUAAUCUAAGUACAGACGCUUAAUUGCUAAGGCCAAGCCCCGUUUAUGGGAGGGAGGUUUCUUGGACGUGCACUGAUCAGUCAUUGCAGACCGGAGCUCACGGACUCAUCAGACUCGUCUCUACCAGUCAAGCAACAGGACCUUCAGGACUGAGCAGAGGAAGCAGCCGCCAUGCCGAAACAGCUCCACAUAUCCAAGGCUAUUGCCGCCACCUUUGUCGUCCUGACCGUCUCCGCCAUCGCCGGCCUCGUCACCAUGAUCAUCAUGUACCAAAGUGAGCUCUCUACGAUGGAUCCAACAGCCCCUCCGACCAUCCCGUCCACCACCACGGCACCGCCGCCCGUCAUGCGGCUGCCGAAGAACCUCAUACCUGAGAGCUACGAGGUCGUCCUCUGGCCUCGCCUCUACACCCAAAUCAUUGAGGUGAUCAACGUCACCAGUCCCAACCAGACGAUGCUCUUCACUGGAAACUCCACCGUUAACUUCCACUGUGUCCAGAAGACCAGCACCAUCUACCUCCACAGCAUGGAACUGAAUGUGUCUGACGCCAAGGUGAAGAACAGAGACAAUAAUCAGGAUAUCGAUGUUACCUCAACGUACUAUCACAAAGACCAAAGCGACUUUCUCGUGGUGGAGUUGAACACUGCGUUGAUGGCAGAAGGAAACUACAGUUUGUUUCUGUCUUUCCAUGGAGAGAUAUCAGACGCUCUCGAAGGGCUGUAUGUGAGCUCCUAUAUCGAAGAGGACGAUGAAGGUGAUCCAAAUGCAGAGAGAUUCCUUGCCGCCACCAACCUUGAGCCGACAUUGGCCAGGAGAGUGUUUCCUUGUUUCGAUGAGCCAGAAAUGAAGGCUGUGUUUCAUGUGACCAUCAUCCACAGGCAAAACACAAUAGCUCUGGGAAAUGCAGAAAGAUACUCCACUAACACUCACGAUGGUUGGCAAUACACUCGUUUUAAUCCAACACCGAGGAUGUCAACAUACUUGUUUGCCUUCACCGUUUCAGAGUUUGAGUCAAUCCCCUCCGCCCAUGAACGUGUGAAAAUUAAAACUUUUGCUCGUCCUGAGGCUAUUAAAGCUGGACACGCCAGUUACGCAGCCAACAUCACCGGAAAGAUCCUCACCUUCUACGAGAAACUUUUUGGGAUAGAUUACACACAGAAAAAGCUAGAUCAAAUUGCACUGCCAGACUUAAAUCCUGCAGCGAUGGAAAACUGGGGGCUGAUCACAUACCAGGAGGGAGGCCUGCUCUACGAGGAAGGAGUGUCCUCUUUAUUACACAAGGAAGUGAUCGCUACUCUCAUCGCACAUGAAAUCGCACAUCAGUGGUUUGGAAAUCUGGUGACGAUGAAAUGGUGGAAUGAAAUCUGGCUGAACGAGGGCUUUGCCACCUACAUGACCUACUUUGCAGUGGAUCACGUUGAGCCUUCAUUCAAUGUAAAAGACACAUUUAUCUUGAGUAGCCUCCACGAGGCAUUUGAGGAGGAUGCUCUGGCCUCGUCCCAUCCUCUCAACCCUCCACCGCAAGAUAUCCAGACAACGUUUGAGAUCAUCCAGAUGUUUGAUUCUAUAACCUACAGUAAGGGGGCAAUUGUGCUGAGAAUGCUGGCAGACGUCGUGGAGGAAAGAGUUUUCAACAAAGGAAUCAGGAUGUACCUCCGGGACUUUAGCUUCAAAAACACUGAUGAGAGCAACCUCUGGGAUUAUAUACAAGAGGCUGUAACUGAGGAUGGCGGUCACACCAAGGUCGCCAAAAUGAUGGACACCUGGACCAAUCAAAUUGGUUAUCCUGUCAUCACCAUCAACACGACCAAUGGGGAGAUCUACCAGAAGCGCUUCCUCUUCAAUGACACUUCUGAAUCCAGUCUUUGGUGGGAGGUCCCGAUCAGAGUCAUGUCCAAUACGACUGGAACUCAAUUGACCUGGUUAAGGACCCCCGGCCCAGAAACGAUGGACAAAUUCCUCUCAAAGCACGGAGAGUGGAUCCUGGCAAACGUCAACUGCACUGGAUACUACAGAGUCAAUUACAACCCGGAGAACUGGGACGCACUCCUGACUCAGCUGGAAACAAACCCACAUCGGAUCCCACUGAUGAACAGAGGGCAGCUGGUUGAUGACGCAUUUAACUUGGCAAGGGCCAAACUUCUCAACGUGGCUCUGGCUCUGAAUUCAACCCGCUUCCUUCGCCGUGAGAAAGCGUACCUUCCCUGGGAGUCAGCUGUUAGAAACCUCGAGUACUUUGUCCUCAUGUUUGACCGCACUGAGGUGUAUGGACCCAUGCAGGCGUACCUCCGGGAACAGGUUAGGGAACUGUACGGCUUCUUCAAGAACUACACAGAGCACUCACAAGUCCCAGAGGACCACUCUUUACAGUACAACCAGAUCCUCGCCAUAGAGGUGGCAUGUUCCAAUGGACUCCCAGAAUGCGUGGAGAUGGUGCAACAGAUGUUUGCUUUCUGGAUGAAAAACAACACCAACAUAAUCCACCCCAACCUGCGGUCUGUCAUCUACUGCCAAGCUGUGGCUUAUGGUGGGAAGGCAGAGUGGGAGUUUGCCUGGAAGAAGUAUCAGAGUUCGAGCGACAUCUCAGAGAAAGACCAGCUCCGCAAAGCUCUGUCCUGCACCAAGACGAUCUGGCUGCUCAACAGAUACCUGGAGUACACCUUGGACCCUGAGAAGAUACGUCUGAUGGAUGUUGCUUCCACUAUAAACUACAUAAGCGAGAACGUGGCGGGGCAGGCGCUGGCCUGGAACUUUAUCAGAGGACACUGGGAAUAUGUCAGUCAGGGGGAUGCAGCCACGGUGAUUGAGGGAGUGACCAGCAGGUUCUCGACACAGUUUGAACUAGAGGAGCUGGAGCGGUUUGCCACUGACUAUGCUCUGGAUUCUGCUACCAGGGCAGUGUACCAGGCCAUAGAGCAAACCCAAGUCAACAUCGAGUGGGUCGGCGAGAACAAAGACGUUAUACUAGAGUGGUUUGAAAGUCAAUCGUCUUCGUAGAGUGAAAAAAAAAAAAAAAAAAACGUGGAUGUUCCACCUUCUCUUGAUCCACAGAACAAGAACUGAUCAUGAUUAAUUUUCUGGUCUAUUUUUCGCGGGAAAAUGAUCUGGAAAAAUAAUCCAUGAAACAAGAGAUUCAUUUCGAGCAAAAACUGAUACAUGCGGAGAAAUGUGGCAGUAAAAAAAAAAGCAGUGUUUAUGUACAGCAUACACGCAUAUACAUUAUUUAUACAGUAUAUUCAAUGAAAAUGGGCAAAGUAACAAGAUUUUUACUCCUCUGUUUGUGAUUUUGCACAUGAUGCUGAUACAGCAUCAAUUUUAUAAUCAAAGUUUGAACUGCUUACAGUGGGGAAAAUGGAUUGAAGCUUCCAUUUGGAUUGAAGUUCAUGGCAAAUAUGAAUUUGGUGGAAAAACAGCUCAAAUUUGAUGCUGCUACUUUCCUGACCAGUCAAAACCAAAGGACAUAACCUCAUCUGUUUGUUUUAGUAAACAUGUCAAUAUGUGUAUUAUAUAUGUUUUAAUCAAUGAACCAAAUUAUUCUUGUACGUCGCUGAAAUUGUUAUUUUUAAUAAUAAAACAUCAACAUCAUGUUAAA